AUGCCGCUGAUACGGCAGCACGCUCCUCCAUCAUAUCAAGAGGCGUCCAACCACGGCCCGCGAGUUCAGCUGCCCAUUGGCGAGCUGCUGUCGCUGGCCCUCGAUGGCCGCUCCGUCUACGCGGCCACCAACCCGGAGCUGGUCUACUACGAGCUGAGCGCCGCUCCUCUGCAGGCGACGUCGCUCAUCUACGUCGUGAAAAAGGUGAAAUACCGCCUCGCCGGCGGCGGCGACCUGUCCGUGGGCAGGCUGCGCACUCGCCACGACGACAUCUACCUCUUCCGCGACGCCUACGUCAACUUCUACGCGCCCCGGCGCAUCGUCAUCGACGGCAAGGCCAGCGAUGCCCGCUGCUACAGGGACGUCAAGCUGUCGCCAGGCCUCAUGGGCUGGUCGACGUGCUCGGCGUCGGGCCACUUCACGGCCAAGACGGCCCUUCGCGAUCGCUGGCGGCAGCACUACCAGGUGAUUUGGAAGGACGCCAGCGGCCGCAUCGUCGCCAUGGAGGACAAGGCGGCCUCGUCGCCUUCCGCGCCUGUCAAUGGCAGUGCAGCAGACAACAAUGAAUACGCCGCCGCACCGGCUCCCGUGCCGUGCUUGAAGCUGCUCCGGAUGCUCGACGAAAAAGAUUUGGAUCUGCUGGUGACGUGCUGGACGGCCCGCCUCUGGAAACAGGCACAAACGUCGCUGGGGAGCCCGCCCAUGGGCCGGUCUAGAGUCAAGCGAUUCGCAGCACGAUACCUCCGUCUCCGCUACAUGACCGAUCUAGUCUCGUCCAAAUCACCCCCGACGCGACGCCUCGAGGCAUAA